GCUGCGUCGAAGGACUUCCUGAAAACGCUCGUGCCUCCCCUACAGCUCAGGAAAGCUGGAGAAACUCGCCAUGUAGGGGGACAAAAAAUAAGCAGGGCACCUACAACAGCCUGAAUACAAGCAGGACAACUAUGACCUGACACCUUCUUCCAGCACUUCUCUUUAUUUUUGUGGUGGUGGUUUAUUUUUCUGCCAUUUUUGAAAGAAUAUCUUGCAUGGAUGGAAUUGUAGAAGACAAGAUUCAUGGAUGUCACGUGUUGGAUGAUUUGGCAUUUAUUUAUUGGAUGAGCUAGGACCCACAAGUUCCCUUCACCACUACGAUAUCUGACACUAUUUCGGACCAAGACCAGAAGUGACAUCCCUGUUCAUCUUUAUCACAUUCUCAGCGGUGUUGUAAUUUUUUUUUUUUAGCACUAUUCUCAGCUGUACAAUUACUUUGACUCUUAAUGUUUGUUUGUCCUAAAUGUUUUUGUAGCAUUUUUAGGGUUAUAUUACAUUAUAACCUUACUGUUUGUUAAUUUUGGUUUCUGAUGUACUUGACAACGAAAAUUGAAAAUGUGCUUCCUGUCUUAUUUAAACAAAUCGUAAGAAACUUUAUUUGUUGAUCUAGUAACUUAAGAAAUUGCUUUUAAUGAUUAUUUAUAUAGACGCACAAAUAAUUUAGCUGUGUUUAAUGUUGAUGAGAGAGGCUUUUUCUCAUACUGUAACAUUUUGAAGUCAAAGACAGAACAGAAAAAAUAAUCUGGCUGAGCUCCACAGCCUUUUUUUUACACACAAUAUAAUAAUUGUGUAUAUUGUAGGAAUAAUCAUAGGAAUAUUUUGUUGCAACACUAAACUGGAAGUCUGUUUAUGUGUGUAUUGUUUAGUUCAGAUGUUAAUAAGAGGAUUGGGCAUUGGUUCAGGCAAAUUGCACUUGUGUGGGAAAGAAUUGAAAGGAUCAUCAGGGAUAGUAAAGCCUGCUGAAGUUUUUUGUUGUAAAUAGACAACUGCUGAAGGACUGUCUUUUAAAACUGGUUUAAAAUUCAGUUGACUCAAAAGUUAAAAAAUUUAACACUGUCUACAACAACGUCCAGUGUAUCCGUCCAAACGAGACCAAAAACUGAACUCUGCAUGAGGCGUUCGCAUUGUCUACUCCAUAAAUACCCUCCACUUCCCUGUGGAACGACUUCUGAACCCAGACAUUGAAAAUGCGCUCCCCAGGAUCAGAGAGCCUGUCCGUUACCGAGGAGGCGCUGCUACAUGGCCAGUUUGGUGGAUGGAGCACUGGAGGGGGAAGUAGCAGUGGAAGUAGCAGUAGCAGCUGCCCCAAUAGCCCUGGAGGUGUGUCUGUACCAUCCAGCCCUGUGUCCACCAGCUACGCCCUGACCCUUACACCAGCUCACAUCCACGUCCAGCGGUUGUCUCCACGCACAGGGAAACAAUCCAGGCUACUGUUGCCGCUGGCAGAGCUGACUGGUUGCAGCUGUCCACGGUUACCAGCCCCACCAUUGCUUGUGCUUUACUGGUACCCUCCAGGUCGACGCAGAAAGGGUGUGUCCAGAAACAGACAGGUGAGGGCUUAUUUGGCGGAGAGCAGAGCUGAGGCGGAAACAUGGAAUGCUGCUAUACAAUGCCUGCUGAGGGGAAUGCAUGUCAGCUCCACUACAGAAUUCAGCAAAAGCAUGUUGCCUCGUCCCCGUCGACUGUUGCUGCUGGUCAAUCCAUUCAGUGGACGGGGUCAGGCAAUGCAGUGGUGUCAAACGCACAUACUUCCAAUGAUAAGAGAAGCCAACAUCAGCUACAACCUCAUACAGACAGAGCGUCAGAAUCACGCACGUGAACUGAUCAGAGAGAUCUCAUUACUGGAAUGGGAUGGAAUCAUCAUUGUAUCUGGCGAUGGACUUUUGCAUGAGGUGAUAAAUGGUCUCUUGGAAAGGCCAGACUGGGAACAAGCAAUAAAAACCCCUGUAGGAAUUCUGCCUUGUGGCUCUGGGAAUGCCCUUGCUGGUUCUAUCAACCACUAUGCAGGAUAUGACAUGUGCCUUCGGGAGCCUCUCUUGCUCAACUGCUGUUUCCUGCUUUGCCGGGGUGGGGUUCGACCAAUGGACCUGGUGUCUGUUACAACAAGCCCAUGUGCUGCUUCAUCCACAUCCCAUCAGAACGGGCACCCACCUGCUCCAAGAAGACUUUUCUCUUUCCUGUCUGUGGCAUGGGGUUUCGUGUCCGACGUGGACAUAGAGAGCGAACGCUACAGAGGACUGGGCUCUGCACGGUUUACACUGGGAACUCUGGUGAGGUUGGCCUCGUUGCGCUCUUACAAGGGUCGUCUUUCAUAUCUGCCACCCGGUACGGUGAACCCGUGCCAAGAUUCUACACCCCAGCCUCCACGCAGACCUCUCUCUAGAAGUAUUACAGAGGGUUUGGAAGGAUAUUGUCGCACGCCCAUCCAUCGGACUUGCUCUGACAUGGGCCUGAGUGAGGAAAGAAGCCUUCGUAAGGGAGACGGGGAGAGAGAGCGAGAAAGGGAGAGGCAGGAGAGAGAGCGUGAGAGAGAGAGAAGGAGAGAAAGGGCAAGGGGCGUGGGAAUAGUAAGAGCCUCCAGUCUAGCAGAGGAUAGAGAGAGGGAAAUCGAAGCAGAAGAGAAGGUGGAGGAAACAUCAGGGACCAGCUCGGAAUCAAACGAAAGGGAAGACUGUGAUAACAUAGCCACAAAUAAUGGAAAUGGAAGGGAUGAAGAGGAUACGGGGAAACUUGAUGAGAUAGACAGACAAGGAGUGCUGAGCGCGAGAGAGUUGAGUGACAGCGAUGAGCUCGAUGAAGGAAAGGAGGUAAGCGUUUGUGAAGGAAGUUAUCCAACCACACCAACUGACCUGCAUCCAAAACUACGCAAGAACUCCGCCCCCGCUAGCCAGAACACGAAUGCCUUCUUUAGCCAGCCAAUCAGCGCAGACGCUGAGCAGGACUUUGAGGUGGCAGCCUAUGGGAAGGAGGAUGAAGAUUUAAAUGGAACCUACUUUCAGAGAGAGGCGUACACACUGGACAAAUCUCGAGAGCGAGCCCUUACCAUAUCUUCCUCUCCAUUCCGUCAGUCUCCUUUUAAAUCAUUGAAAUCCAAAAUUGUGGACCAGAACCAGAACACCUCACGACCACGCCCCCUCUCCCUCCUCCCCCAAUCAAAUUCGAACUCUCUCCCUCCAAAAUUUCCAUCCCUCUCCAUGUCCCUUUCCCCAACCCCUCCUUCAUCCCCAUCUUGUGCUUCUCCCCGUUCUUCCUAUCUUGCCCCACGUCCCAACACUCCAAGUUCAUCUUCUUCAUCACCGUCCUUUCAUUCACCAUCGCCUUCUUUCAACUUUGACCUUGCCGAGCCAGCAGGACCACUGAAGAACCGCCCUCACAUGACAUCCUCCAUCAACCUGCCUGAGGAUGAUCUGCUACCUCCUCUGGACCAGCCUCUGCCUACAAGAGACUGGGUCACCAUCGAGGGCGAUUUCGUUCUAGUGCUUGCGAUCUACCAGUCUCACCUGGGAGCAGAUCUUUUCGCUGCCCCCCAGGCUCGAUUUGAUGACGGUUUGAUCCAUCUGACAUUUGUACGGGCUGGUAUUUCCCGUGCAACACUGCUCAGACUGUUCCUAGCAAUGGAGAGAGGAGCGCAUUUGUCUGUUAGUUCUCCGUACGUUAGUCAUGUUUCUGCUCGGGCAUUCCGUCUUCAACCGCUCUCAUCACGAGGAACACUAACUGUGGAUGGGGAGCUGGUGCCCUAUGGGCCUCUGCAGGCACAGGUUCAUCCCUCAAUGGCCCGUUUGAUUGUCGGUGAUUCGGGAGUGAAGAUUACAAGAUUCUGACCUGUUUAGAUUUGAACGGAGGGAUUUGCAUCACCAUCUGGAUUAUAUAACAUUCUACGUAGUGGGGGAGAGAGCGAAGCUGAAAGCCAACAGUUGUUUUGCAAUCACUGCUUUUACUGGGAUUAACUAAAGGAUUGCUUAUUCAAGCUGUGUAUGCAAAAAGUUUUGAUCAAGAGAUGAAAAUUUGCUUUCUGUUGCAUGACUUGCUGUCGGAGAGAGAAAGAAGCCAUGUCUGAAAUGAAUAUGUCCAGCUUUUGUAUACAUUUUAGUAUGCAUUUGUGCAUCGAGCCACAGAUCCUCUGCCUUACUUCAGCGAAGGGAAAAUCACAGGCUGAAUGCUAAACUAUAUUACUGGUUUUUAGGUUGCCACGCCUACCUACAUCAAAUGGUUGCAGAGAUGAUGUAUAAUGCGUAACCCUGGAAUGCCUUAUCCAUCUCUGAACUUAAAGUGCAAUCCCUCCUUAAUUUAACUACUCACACUUAAUCCUGAAACCUCAUUUUUAGAUCAUUUUCAUCUACAUUUGAAUAAUAUCUCCAUCCAGCUCUUUAGAAACCUUCCAUUGUUUCAUGGGACUGAUCAGAAAUGAACAGUUCUGUCUUGCGUCCUAGCUUUGAGCAGAAUUACAACUGACAACAUUUUUUUUACCAUCUGAAUUUUGUAUUUUUCGAACACAAUCAAUGUGUUUGAGUGGAACAGAUAAUUAAUUUGCAUUGCUAGUUUGUGUUAGAAAAGCAUGCAUUGGCUUUGAAAUUGUUAGGGAACAAGAUUGCAGUGAACAAUGAAAGCUUUUGUAGUUUAGGACUUUUUUGUUGUUGUUGCUUUUCAUGAUUUGAAUUUAAUCCAUCGGCCCUUAAAGGGAUAGUUCACCCAAAAAUAAAAAUCAUGUCAUAAUUUACUCGCUGUCAUGUUACAAACCUGUAGAAACUUCUUCUGAUGAACACAAAGGAAGAUAUUUUGAGAAAUGUUUGUAACCAAACGGAUCAGAGAUCCCAUUGACUUCCAUAGUAGGAAUAAAGAAUGCAACACUGAAAAAAUGUGUCUUGUUUUCAGUACAAAUAUCAAAAAUUUCUAAAAUCAAGUUGCAUUUUCCUGAUAAGCCAAAUGACCUAAGAAAAUAAAUCUAGUUUUUAGACUAAAAAUAUAAAAUUUAAGUUAAUUGUGCUAAAACAAGCAAAAAAAAAUUUGCCAAUGGGGUUAAAAUAAUUAACUUUUUCCUAAACACCUAAUUCAAGAAAAAACAUUUCACCCCAUUAGCAGAUACCUUUGCUUAUUUCAAGCACAAUUUCACUUAAAUUUAAUAUUUUUUUUUUGUCUAAAAACUAGACUUAUUUGCUUAGGUCAUUUAGCUUAUCAAGCAAAUGCAUCUUGAUUUAAGAAUUUCUUUAUAUUUCUACUGAAAACAAGACAAAAAAUACUAAGUAACAAAGUCAUUUUUUGUAUUGUAUGUGGUAAACAAUGAGGUCUCUGGUUGUUUUGGUUACAAACAUUCUUCAAAAUUUCUUCUUUCUAUUCAUCAGAAAAAAAAAACAUUUCUUCGUGAGGGUGAGUAAAUGAUGACAGAAUUUGUAUUUUUGGGUGAGCUAUCCCUUUAAUGUUUGGGUGAGGCCUUGAGAAAUUAACACUAAGCUGAACAACCUGUCAAUCGCAGUUUGCUUAAUGGUUUGAAGAAAAGGCAGAGGGUCCUGGUAGUAGUCGCCAAACAUCAAAGUCAUCCCAUCACAUUCUGUAUGACUUGAGGCAUGUUUGCAUAAACAAGUUUAACUUGCAUGCAAAUAAUGUAAAUAAUUUGAUAGUGAAGGACUGGAGAUUGCAUAUCUUUACUUUUUCCUCAGACUGCAUCACGUCACGCUGUUAGCGAGGAAAGAUGAAUUCUUGCAAUAAAUACGCACCUUCUCAUCCCAGUCCUUUGAAAAAUGAAUAUCUGUUAAAUAUUACGCAAUGACUGUGUAGUACUGUGAUCAGUAACUUAACUUCUCUCAAACCGUAUUUGAAAUUGGGACACUAGUAGAACUUCUCGUAAAGCUCUUUUGGAAAAUGAAAAAGUCCAGUUGUGGAUCUGAUGAUGAUUGUAAUAGAGCUCUAGCUUGGUGGCCUUUGCAGUACUAUUGAAUUUUUACCUAAAUAUUUAAUAGAGAAAUGCAUACUACUUUGUCUUUGUCUACUUUUUAUUUUCUCUGAGGACAACAACGUGACAGUUGCAACCCGUUUUGCAUCGGUUUAUAAACAUAAAACUCAAUGA